AUGUGCGGCGAGGAUCGGUGUGCGUCCACACCAUGUCCAAGUUGUGAGGCAGCAGCAGCAGCAGCAGCAACAACAACAACAGAAGCGGUAGGGACGCCCCCAUUAUACUACGCUCUCUGCCCGCAGGGGGUAGAAGAUGUUGUGAGGUCGGAGCUGGAGCGGAUCGCGCCGCCGACAGAAAUAGUCUGGAGGUCUUCCCUUCCUUCAAAACAGCUGCCGCAGGGUGUUGGGGGGCACCGUACGGGAAGUGUUCACACUUCCUUGGCGGAUCAUGCUGGCGAAAAGCCGCUUCGAGGAGCUCUCUUUUUUACACUUCGCAGCGCGCAUUCUCAUGAAUUGUCCGCAUCAAUUGAGGAAACGGAGUGCUUCUUGGAGCGGGCACGCCGUGUGCGCGCGGUGGAGUUUCUCGCGUUGCACCUCCUCAGUUGCCCUUGUGUAGACACCCUGGAUAGCGUGGUUGAACCCCUGAGACAAGCAAGAGAGAAGAUCCAUGCCGCUGUAAUUCAACACUUGAGCGCGUUGCGCAGUGCGACAGGGAGGCAUACGCAUAUGUUGGCAGGCUACGACGGGUCUUGGUUUUCAACCCCGCUUACGGACUCCACUGUUAUGUUUCGUGUUAACUGUGUGCGUAGGGACAGUGGCGCCGCGUGCCCGUUUACGUCGCAGGAACUUGCAGCUCGCGUGGGAGAAGUGCUGUUUGAUGCCUUUCAACCGCUUGGUUGGCGGGUGAACAUGCUUUACUACAACGUGGAGUUCUUCGCUCUCCAUGACGUGGACCGCGUUUGCGUAGGUGUUGUGCUGACACCACCUGCAUUGCCGCGGUGUGGCAAGGAAACGCGCUUUACGGUGCAACUCGGGAUGGAGCUGCUCCGCCAGCGCAUCGGCGAUCAACUCCUCCGCGGUGAGUGCGCCAACACAGAAGUGAAGGCGGCCGUUCCGCGUCCGUCCGCUAUUCGGCACGACGUGCGGGCUGUGCGGGGCCAACGGGCGAUGAGCCCGGCGCUCGCUUGGGCAUUGUGCCGCUACGCUGAUGUGCGGCCGGGCAUGAUUGUUGUGGACCCUUUCGUCGGAAGCGGCACACUGCUUCUGGAGGCGUGGGUUACUGCUGGUUUUGGCUCACUUGUCGUGUUGGGCGGUGAUGUGAGCGACGAUGAGGCGGCGCGGUCGAUGCGCAACUUACAAUCCGACGCGCUCUUCCUGGCAGCGGUGCACGGUCUGCUGUCCUCCCCCCGGCCCGAGUGGGAAGGCGGUGAAACGGCCACAUUGUGCCGUGCACUGCUGCAGGCUCUUAAGAGCAAUGUGGACGUGAUGCCGUUGCCGUGCGCACACGAGCCGGUUGACGUGCUGUCGCGAGUCACAUCUGUUGAAGCAGAAAGCGUGGUGUCGGUUCUGCGUGAGCGACUCUCGUACCACUAUGAGAUGGUCGGGCAAACGCUGCGCUGGGACGCCACGAGGCUUCCACUAAGAAGCAACUCGGUGGACCGCAUCAUUUCAGACUUGCCUUUCGGUAUGCGAUGCGGUAAUCAUAAGCACAACGUUAAACUCUAUCCAAUGAUGCUGCGCGAGUGUCAUCGCGUCCUCCGACGCGGUCACACAGCAGAAGGUUUACAGGACGGGUUACACCAACCCCAUUGCACUCCAGUACAUGAGCAGUGCGAGCGGUGGUGGGAGACACAAGAUGCUGGAAUCGACGGCCGCGCUGUGUUGUUAACGAUCGAAGCAAAACUUAUGAUGGAAUCACUUCAGGCCAUCAUGCAUGUGUGUCCCUUUCGGCUCCUCCACCCACCCUUUGUCGUGGACAUGGGCGGACUCUCACCAUAUGUGUUUGUCCUCAAAAAGGAAUAA